AUGUCCGUCGCCCACGCUGCGCCCCCGCCGCCCCCGCGGUGGGUCGUCGACCUCAACUCGCCGCCCGCCCCGCAGCCUGCAAAGGCCAGCAUCCCCGACCCGCCGGGCUACACGGCGCCGCAGCGACACCAGCAGGGCAAGAACACCAAGGCCACCCAGCCUGCCCGCAAGCCGCCCUCCACCGAGGAGAUGGACACGCUGAAGCUGAAGAAGGCCUGGGAGCUUGCCAUUGCCCCGGCCAAACAGCUGCCCAUGAACGCCAUCGGCAUGUACAUGUCCGGAAACUCGCUGCAGAUCUUCUCUAUCAUGAUGGUCUUCAUGCUGUUUAAGAACCCUGUCAACGCUGUCAUCAACAUCAACCGCACCUUUGCCAACUUUGAGACCCCCGGCACCUCAUCCCGUCUACUUGGUGUCAAGCUCGUCUUCGUCGCCACGAAUUGCUUAGCUCUUGCGCUUGGGAUUUGGAAGGUUAACAAAAUGGGACUCCUGCCCACUACAAGGAGCGAUUGGCUGGCCUGGGAGUCUGAGAGGCUGCCGCUGGAGAGGGCGCAGUUCCUGGGGUGGGGGUCGCAAUGA